AUGAAACAAACUAAAUCAUAUACUACAACAAGUAGAUCAUCAAUACUAAGAUUCAAAAAAUCUCAUAGAAUAGUUAUACUAAUCAUUUUACUAUGCAUACUACCAAUCAUUUAUUUAUACCAAAUCAAUUCACAAAAUGCUUAUAGUGUCAAUGAUUCAGAUGACUCUAUCACAACAAGUUCACACUUAGCUUCAGAUAAAUCAAAUCCUGCAUCAUUAUCCGAAUUAUUAUCAACACCAUCUAGUCUAUCAUUAAUAGCUACACCUAGACCUACAAAUUUAUCAGCUGAAGAAAUAGAAGCCAUUAAAAACCCAAGCAAGUUUCUUGGUGAUAUACAAGAGAUGUCCAGAAAUGAAAAACCAUCAUACAUGAAUUUAAACCUAGCUAAAAAUAGAGAACCAAAAAAUUAUUUACCAUUGACUAAUGACAAUGAGCAAGAUCUUGAAUUUUUUGAAAACCCAAUCAAGAAAACACAACAGAAACUUAAUCAUGAAAAAUUAAAUAUUAAUCUCCCAGAAAUGGAUCCUUCUACAUCUUCAUUCAAUUUUAGAAUUUAUUCACAUAAUGUUAAAAAUGGAAAUGGAUUAACUCCAUUAAGAGAUGGAGAAUAUAAAUGGGAAGACAGAUUAAAAGAUAUACUAUCAUCUAUAAAAUUUAAUAUUGUGGAAAAUACAAUUUUUACAUUACAAGAACUUUAUAAAUUUCAAGUAUUAGAUAUUGUUCAAAAUUUGAAUACUUUCAGAGAUGAUGAAGAAGAUUGGUGGAAAUAUUAUGGGGUUGGUAGAAUUAAUGGAGAAGAAAUGGGAGAAUUUGUUCCAAUUAUAUAUAAUACUAAAGAAUGGGAAGUUUUACAUAGUGAUUCGUUUUGGCUUAAUGAAAGAGAUCUUUAUAUGUCUUAUGAAGGUUGGGAUGCAUUAUACACUCGUAUUUGUUCAUUUAUAAUACUUAAACACAAAAAAACAGGUCAUAUUUUAAAUUUUUUCAAUACUCAUUUUGAUCAUUUUGGUAAAUUAUCAAAAUGGGGAUCAGCUCAUUUAGUUACUGAAGUUAUUAGACAAUUGGAAAAACAAUCUAAAAAUGAAUGGCCAACUUUUUUAAUGGGAGAUUUUAAUUCUGAACCAAAAGAUGAAAGUAAUAGCAUUUUGGUUAUUAAAGAUUUAUUACGUGAUGCUACAACAUUAACAGUUCCUGGUAUAAACAGAUAUGGACAUGUGAAAUCAACAGUUACUGGAUUUGAUGGAUCAGUUUUAAAUGGAGGUGGACAAAAUAUAGAUUAUAUAUUUGCCCCAAGUUAUUCCAAAAAAUUAGACAAUAAAGGAAUUAAAAUCAAUUUAAGAAAAAAUUGUGAAUAUAUAAAAUUAGGUACAGAAUCUUCUAAAUUUCAAGAUAAUUUUGAUUUAAUUUUAAAACAAUUUGGUAUGUUACAUUCAAAAUUUAAUGGUAAAUAUAUGUCAGAUCAUAGACCAAUAGUUGCAGAUUUUAGAAUUUCACCAAAAUGUAUAAAUUUAAAUGAAAAAUUAAAAGAGCAAGAAAUACUAGAAAAACAAGAGUUUAAUAUUGAUCAAGAUACAAAACAACAGGAACAAAAUAAAUUAAUAAAUUGGUUAAUUAAUGGUGAUUCUGUUGAUAACAAAGAAAAAGUACAUGAUAAUCAAGAUAACAAAGAAAAAGUCCAUGAUAAUCAAGAUAACAAAGAAAAGGUAUAUGAUAAUCCAGAUAAUAAGGUAAAAGUACAUGAUAAUCCAGAUAACGAAGUUGAUGAGCAAGUUGUAACUGACACCAAAAAAGAAAGUGCUAGAGCAGAGGAUAACGUAGUUGAAGACAAUGAACUCCAGAACCCUGAUGUUAACGGUGAUAAGCAAUUAAUUGAGUAA